AUGGACUGGCUGUAUCUGCUGCUCUGGUGGUUCUGUCUCCUUUUGCGUUGGAUAGCGGCUGCAGAGACACAUGAAAAACUCUCUGGAAAGCUCAGCGAGUACGGCCUCAUGGUCCCCUUCAGCACCGACUCCAGGGGGCGCUAUCUCUCCCACGUGGUCUCGUCUGGUGACCCCACGGACUCAGACCCAGACCAACGGACGAGGAGGGUUCCCAGAGACUUACAGUCCUCAGACCAGACCAGUAAGACCUCCUCCCAGUCCACCUCCCAGUCCACCCAGACCUCCUCUCACCUCUUCUUCAACGUCACUGUUUUCGGCAAAGAACUGCACCUGCGUCUCCGGGCCAACAGACGGCUGGUUGCUCCUGGUGCCGCGGUGGAAUGGCAAGAGGAUUACCAAGAGAAAUCCAAAGAGCGCCUUCACGGAGACUGUGUCUUCACCGGAGACGUGAGCGACAUGCCAGAAGCCACCGUGGCCAUUAGCAACUGUGACGGACUGGUGAGGUCGGGCCUCACCUGCCUCAUCUGA